AUGUCCGGAACCCUAGUUUAUUCCGCCGGUAACUCUCUUCGAUUCUCGCCGGGAAAUAGCCUCCCUCAGCCUAAGACAAUCAGAUCCUUUAACAGAACCGCCCGGUUUCCCACCGGUGCUCCGUCGUUUAGGGCUUCGGCGCAGACGCUUAACGCCGAGCCAGCUGUAAUGGAAUCCGUUCGCCGACGAGCGUCGAGCCUCUACGAAUUGCUGAAAGUGAAUGAAACGGCGUCGUUGACGGAGAUUAAGACGGCGUACCGGAGCUUAGCGAAGGUUUACCAUCCAGACGCGUCGGAAUCGGACGGUCGUGAUUUCAUGGAGAUCCACAAAGCUUACGCGACGCUCUCUGAUCCGACAACAAGAGCGAUCUACGAUUCGACGCUCGGAGCACGACGGAGACGGGUACACGCUGGUGCGAUGGGUCGGACGGGUCGGGUUUACACGACGACCCGGAGAUGGGAAACGGAUCAGUGUUGGUAA